AUGCAGCCGGAAGAACGCGUGAUUGGAAGCUUCUCCGCAGUUCCGGACGGGUCGGACCGGAGGCUCAGCUUCGGAAGGGUGGAGUCGCAGCUUCGGGUGAAAGAGAUGAGAGGUUCGGAGAUGAGAGGCUUGGAGAGGAAAGGUUCGGAAAGGAAAGCCGUUGGGGGAGGUCGGGAGGGGGUUACGCGCGCGGGGAACGGGGAGGAAGCGGCGGAGGAGGAGAGGUGGAGGGAGAUUGAGAGGGAGAGAGAGAGGGAGAUAGAGAGGGAGAUGGAGGUUGAGCGAAUGAGGGAGGAGAAGGAGAGAGCGGAGAAUGAAGAGAGGGAGGAGAGGGACGAGAGAGAAAGGCUUUUGAAGGAAGAGAGGGAGAAGGAGAGGAAGGAGAAGGAGAGGAGAGUUCAGGAAGAGAAGGCAAGGCGUGAACGAGAAGAGAAAGAGAGGGUUGAGAGGGAGAUAGCAGAGAGGGAACGGAAGGAGAGGGAGAAGGCCGAACGGGAAAAGAUGGAGAAAGAAAGGAAAGAGAGGGAGAGGAGGGAGAGGGAGAGGUUUGAGAGGGAGAGGGUGGAGAGGGAGGAAAGGGAACAGCGGGAGAGAAUGGAGCGAGAGUUGGAGGAGCGGAGGGAGAAGGAGAGGCAAGAGGAGCUGGCGAAAGUGAGACAGAGGGAGCGAGGGCGGUUGAGAGAGAUUGAGCUGGAGAUGGAGCGGCAGAGGCAUGUGCGAAUCGCAGAAGAACGGCAGAGGGUGAAGGAGAGGGCUGAGGAGCGAGAGAAGGAGCGGCGGAGAAUGGAAGAGGGGGAGAAGGAGCGGGAGAGGGAGAGGGAGAAGGAGAGGGAGAGGGUGAGAGUGGAGCAGAGGCGGAGAGAGGAGGAACGGCGGCUGCGGCGGCAAGAAGAAGUCCAGAGGCGGAAGGAGAGGCGCGGAGAUGAGCUAUCAGGGAAGGCCAUGGGGGAUCCUCUUCGUGUGAUCGCCUGGGUGGCGGGAGCAGGAGUGUCGUCUGCUGCUUUCGGCAAGCCUUCCGGCUCGUUUGGAACACCUUAUCAGGCGUCUCCGGAUCAUUCUCAGGUGCUGCAGCAGUGGGUGCAGAGAGCAACCCACUUCCACAGCAGGCUGGGAUCUGACGUGGCUCCAGCUGACGUGGCUCCAGCUGACGUGGCACCAGCGUCAGCUGUAGCGGAAUUUUGGCGGGGUGUCAGGGCAGCAGUGGAGGCGGCAGAGGAUGUGGCUAUAGCGGGGGGUGGUGAGGAGCAGCAGGAGGGCGUGACUGUGACUGAAGGCGCGUGUGACUUAGCUGCAGUGCGACAGCUGCAGGGAAAUGCGAGGAAGCGAGUGGCAGCAGCAGAGGCGAUGGCGCAGCAGGUGGGGGCGUUCGAGUCCACUAUGAGUGCUGCUGCUGCUUCUGCUGCUGCACUGCUGCUGCUUUCCCCCUCCCACUCCUUUCCCCCCUCCCAUUCCAUUGCCCCCUCCCAUUCCCUUUCCCCCUCCCACUCCCUUUCCUCCUCUCACUCCCUUUCCCCCCUCCCAUUCCCUUGCCCCCUCCCAUUCCCUUUCCCCCUCCCACUCCCUUUCCUCCUCUCACUCCCUUUCCCCCUCCCAUUCCCUUUCCCCUUCCCACUCCCUUUCGGCCUCUCACUCCCUUUCCCCCUCCCACUUCCUUUCCCCUCUCUCACUCCCUUUCCCCCUCCCAUUCCCUUUCCCCCUCCCACUCCCUUUCCGCCUCUCACUCCCUUUCCCCCUCCCACUUCCUUUCCCCCCUCUCACUCCCAUUCCCCCUCCCACUUCCUUUCCCCCCUCUCACUCCCAUUCCCCCUCCCAUUCCCUUUCCCCCUCCUAAUUCCUUUCCGCCUCCCACACCCUUUCCCCCUCCCACUCCCUUUCCCCCCUCCCACUUCCUUUCCGCCCCCCACUCCCUUUUCCCCUCAAACUCCCUUUCCCCCUCCCACUCCCUUUCCCCCCUCUCACUCCCUUUUCCCCUCCCACUCCCUUUCCCCCUCUCACUCACUUGCCCCCUCCCUCCUGCAGGCCGCUACAGCCGCUACAGGCGGGGAGGAGGAGCAGUGGGAAGAUCCCUUGGUGUUGGCCGUGGGAGGGGUGGUGGGAGCAGCGGCUGCGGCACUUAAGACCUGGCUAAGUGUCGUUGUGGAGGGGAGGAAGGGAGGAGUGGGAGGAGGUGGAGGUGCGGGGAAGGUGGCAACUGGUGCAGGUGCAUCUGGUGGGCAUGUACUGUUGCAGCCGCCCAAGGCUGCUCUAGCUGAUUUAAGGGAGGCCCGCGAUGUGCUGGACGUGUGGCGGCAUGAGCUGGCACGGCUGCACUCGCGCCUAGUCAGCGUCGUCUGCCGCUCCCAGCUGACGUCAGCACACGGCAGCAUGACCUGGCAACCGGCAUCGCCAGCUCAGCUCCCAGGCCAGGGCCACACGAUGGCCCCUGCUGACGUGGCAAUGGCGUCUGCUUGCGCUUUCCUGGACCAAGCGAUAGACAUUCGGCAGCAGCACGAGGGGUGGGAGGAGGCGAUGACAGCAGCUACUCUGGUGUGCGACGUGGAAGCUUCCUCAGGCAUCAGCAACACCGGUGGUGCUGACGUGGACAGGUGGAGGCGCUUCCUGGAGCCACUCACAGAUAGCCACGUGGCAGACAUUCUCGAAGGCGACCUUGCCAGCUGGCGGGCGGCGCAGGGCAUCUACUGGGCGGCAGUGGCUGCCGAGGAGGAGGCACUGGCGGGGCUGCUGCAGGCGCGACUGGGGGAGGUGCCAUCCGCCAUGGGGCGGCUGCAGCUGCUGGCGCAGUGCUCGUCCUUCACUGCGCUACCCAGGGUGCCAUCUGCCAUGGGCCGACUGGGGGAGGUGCCAUCCGUCAUGGGCCGACUGGGGGAGGUGCCAUCCGCCAUGGGGCGGCUGCAGCUGCUGGCGCAAUGCUCCUCUUUUGCUGCUCUGCCCAGGGUGUCAGCACGCCUGCAGCAUGACUUGCAGCAGAUGCUGCACGAGGUGGCAGCAGAUGUUGCACCACUCCUCUCUCGCUCCCCUUUCGUGUCUUGCUUGCCAUCAUCCAUUCCUUUCCCCCCGUUUCCUUUCCCCCCGUUUCCCUUCCCUCCGUUUCCCUUCCCCCCGUUUUCCUUCCCCCCUUUUCCCUUCCCUCCGUUUCCCUUCCCCCCGUUUCCCUUACCCCCGUUUCCUUUCCCCCCAAUUGUUCUUCCCCCCGUUUCCUUUCCCCCCGUUUCCCUUCCCUUCGUUUCCCUUCCCCCCGUUUCCCUUCCCUUCGUUUCCCUUCCCCCCGUUCCCCUUCCCCCCGUUUCCCAUCCCCCGUUUCCCAUCCCCCCCGUUUCCCAACCCCCCUUUGCUAUUUUUCAUCUUCUUUCCCCCCGCGCUGUCUCCUCUCGCCAGACGGGCGUGCCACGUGUCGCCGCCUCAGUGGCUCGCGCCAAGGCCAUUCACGGGAAGCUGAGGGCGCUAGACGCAGCCCUGCACGCUCUGCUGGGGUGGGGAGCGGUGACGGACGGUGGGCUGCGGAGGUCGAUUGCUCGGCUGCUGGAGGAGGCGUUGCAGCAGACGGACCCUCAGAAGACCGUCAACCAGUGGCUGCAAGAAAAGCUCGCUCCCCACACUGGCAGCACCAGCAGCAGCAGCAGCAUGAGCGCGGAGGAGGCAGAGGAGGCUCUCAGAGGCCCUGUGCUCACCUCCUGCUCGUCCCGCCCGCCCCUGGCUGACGUCAGCAACAGCAGCGCGGCUACAGCCGGGGAGGAGGAGCAGGCGGAGCCGCUGCUACAGCUGCAGGACGGGGAGAUGAGGCACAGACGACUUGUGUAUGGGGAGGAGGGGCAGGCGGAGCCGCUGCUACAGCUGCAGGUGAGGGGUGGAAGGUUAGGGGUGGGACACUGGCAGGUGAGGGGUGGAAGGUUAGGGGUGGGACACUGGCAGGUGAGGGGUGGAAGGUUAGGGGUGGGACACUGGCAGGUGAGGGGCGGAAGGUUAGGGGUGCGACACUGGCAGAUGAGGGGCGGAAGGUUAGGGGUGGGACACUGGCAGGUGAGGGGCGGAAGGUUAGCUGUAGCAGGUGAGGUGCAGUACAAGGCGAGCCUUCUUCACCAGAGCCAGGAGGUCCGUCCGCCUCCUCCGCCCCCACCAUCUCCCCCCCUGCCCCUCUGCCCCUUACUGACCCCCUGCCCUCUGCCCCUUGCCCCUCUGCCCUGCCUGUGUGCUCCCUAUGAAGCCAUACUCCAUGCCACCUCUCCCCCCACCAGGUGCAGUACAAGGCAAGACUCCUCCAUCUUGAGUGAAGAAGUCCGCACCCUUCGGGCAUCAGGCUUCCACAUCCCGCACCACCUGCUCGCCUGCGCCCUCUCCGCCUCUGCUGCCGCCUCCUCCGCAUCCACCAUCUCCCCUCCUGCCCCUCUGCCCAUCCCUGAACCCCUGCCCUCUGCACCUUGCCCUCUGCCCUGCCUGUCUGCUCCCUAUGCCACCUCUCCCCCCACCAGCGCUGGCGUCAGCAAGGGCGUGCUGCCGCUGGUGGCGGCUUCGCGAGAAGCGGUGCUGGGGUUAAUGCAGAGCGGUGAGUCGGCACAAGCGGUGCUGGGGUUAAUGCAGAGCGGUGAGUCGGCACAAGCGGUGCUGGGGUUAAUGCAGAGCGGUGAGUCGGCACAAGCGGUGCUGGGGUUAAUGCAGAGCGGUCAGGGAGUGGUGUGGGAGGAGGAGGACGAGGAGGACGAGUUGCAGUGUGCCUGCCAGGGCGUGGUGUGGGAGGAGGAGGACGAGUUUGCAGUGUGCCUGUGGGAUGGAAUGGAGGGAGCUUGGCCAGGGAGUGGCCAGGGAGUGGUGUGGGAGGAGGAGGACGAGGUGGAUGAGUUUGCAGUGUGCCUGUGGGAUGCCGUGGAGGCGUUUUCAUCUGCAGCUGCUGCGGCCAAAGAGAGGCAUGAGGCGGCAUGGCAGUGCCUUGAGCGGAUUCGCGUGUGCCUGUGGGAUGCAGUGGAGGCGUUUUCAGCCGCUGCUGCCACCGCCAAGGAGAGGCACGAGGCGGCGUGGCAGUGCCUUGAGCGUGUCAGAUCGUGUGCCUAUAAGGACUUGCCAAAUCAUCUCCGCCAGCUGGCGCAUGCAGUGAUCGCAGCGAUCUCCCGGCCGCCUUACCCAGCUGCCAUGUCAGCUGCCACGUCAGCAGAGUGGCAGCGUGAGGUGGCUGCCACGUGGGCAGCCCCGCUGCUGAUGCAAGCACAGGCGGCUCUGCAGCAGAAGCUGACGUCAGCGCUCUGCUGCUGGCUGAAGAAAUGGAAGGACGUGAUUGGAGGAGAUUCUCCUGCUGCUACAGCCGCCACAGGUGCCAAAGCUGCAACAGCUUCUGCUGCUGUUGCGGUGGCUGCUAGGGUUAAUGAGGCUUCUAAGGGAUCUCCUGAGCGUGUUGGUGGUCUGCAGGUGGUGGUGAGAGAGAUUGAGGCUGUGCUUUCACUGCACAAGCCAUCUGGUGUAGGGAAGGAACGUGCAGGUGGAGGAGCAGACUCAGCAGGGGCAGCAGGGGCGGCAGGGGCGGCAGGGGUAGUGUUAGGGGACUUGAAGGGGGAAGAUGGGAGUGAGACUGAGUCGUUUGUGUUGCAGCUGCUGCAGGAGCAGAUGGGGAUGCUGACGCACCGAGUGGCUGUGAGGGAGUCAGGCGCAGGGGCGGUGAGAGUGGAAGGAGGAGGAGCGAGUGGCAGGAUGGAGGUGGAGGUACAGCCUCCUCUUUCUGAGUCUCAGCAGCGGCUGCAGGACUGUGUUCAGCUGCUGCUCGCUCCCGCUCUCUCUGCUGCUGCAGAGGCCAAUAGCGUCCUCUCCUCCGCCUCUGCGGCUUUCUUGCUCCCUCCCACUCCCUCGAAUGGUCCCUCUGCUGCUGCUGAAGCCAGCAGCAUGCACUCAUCCGCCUCUGCUGCCCUGCAUCCCAUGGCUGCUGGUAACUUCAGUGACGUCAGCAGCAGCGACAGCAUGGGUAGCUAUCACAGCACUGCAAGGGGCGGGGCUAGUGUGGGCAGUCUGUUAGUAGUGAGCUGUGUGGUUCCGGCUCGGCUGGAGGCGUGUGCGUAUGGGGUGGUGGAUGCAGUGGUUGGGGCGGCUGAGGGGUGGGUGGGCGAGUGGAGGGUGAGAGUGGCACAGGCGGAAGGGAAGUUGGAGAGAUGCGCCCGUGCUGCUGCUGCUGCUGUAGCUGCUGCUGCUGCUGCUGCCCCAGCUGCUGUUAGCGAAAGUUCCAACACCUCCCUUCCCCCGCCUUCGACUGAACUCUGGCGUUCCCUUAUGAACGAAAUUCAGCAGGUUCGGAACCAGCUGGCUGCCAAACCUGCAGUGGUUAGGUUCGGCACAGCUGACCGAACCUCGCUCUUAGCCUUGGACGCAGGCUCGGUGAGGGAGGCACUGGUGGGUCGGUGUGAGGCUUGGAUUCGGGCGGCUGAGGAGGAUAUAGAAGGCAGGGCGGUUCGGGGUUGUAGAGAGGCGAUUAAAGAGGUAUCUGAGCUGAAGAAACUAUUGGAGUUGAUUAAGAGGGAGGCAGAGGGGGAACUUAUGAGUAGAGAUAGGGAACAGAGGCUCGGGCGAGUGAGAGAGGGAGAGGAGGGUGAGGAGGGGGAGCAGGGAGAGGAGGAACAGGAGGGAGAGAAGGGAGCGGAGAACAAGGCAGCUAUGGGUAAUGGUGGUGCUGAUAAGGGUGAAGGAUUGAGUGGGGAUGUGCGGAGGCUGAUAGAGCAUCUUGAGAGAGUGAGGGAGGCGGAGAGGAGGGUAGGAGAGGUGAAUGAUGGAGUGGAGAAACUCAGGCCGUUAGUAGAGGCGGCUGUUUCUAAGGGAGGGGGAAGUGGCAAGGGGAAAAGGAGCACUAGCAGCAGCAGCAGCGGUGGUAGGAGCAGUAGUGCCGGGGUUGGGAUGGCGCUGGUACAGGCAAGCUGGAAAGAGCUGGAGAAGGAGUGGGGAGAAUUGGAAUGGGCAAGAAAGGCUGUAUUGGGAGGGAGAAAGGCAGGAGCAGAAGCAGCACGAAAGGGAGUAGAAGCUGCAGCAGGAGAAUCCCCCAGCGGGAUAGUUUUCCUCCAGGGGCUUGUGAGCGUGCAGGUGUUGAGUGCGGUGCAGAUGCAUGUGGGGGAGGUGGGGAGUCGUAUGGAGGAGCUUGAGACGUGGUGGGACGCUGCUGCUCCUACCAGUGUGGAUUGCUCUAGAGGCAGGGCUGCUGGGGCGCUGGUGCAGUGCGCACGCUUAGUGGGGCAGCUUAAAACGAGGAUAGAGCUCAUGAGGAGGGCGAUUGGGCUGGUGGGAGGGGCGGGCGGGGAGGAGGAGGAGGAGGAGGAGGAGGAGGAGGUGGGGAGAGUGGAGGGGAGGUUAGAGAGGGUGGUUGCAGAGGGGGAGGAGAUGCAGCGUAUGUGGCUGUUGAUUAAUCAUCUUUUGGAUGUUAUUGCCUCUGUGGAGAGGAUUAGGGUUGCGGAUUUCAACCCUGAAUCGGACUUAACCCCUCUGCACUCCGCCUUAAGCGACGUGAACCAGGAGGAGGAGGUAUUCGGGCAGCACGGUGCGUUCCGGGCAGUUCAAUCGGCUGCCCGGAAACUAAUUGCGAGCCUAGGUCUGGUGUCGAAGCUAGUUAAAGCCUCGCUGCAAGAGGCCCAUUGGAGAGCCCUCGCCCGAGCGUUGGGGUUCCAAGCCAAGGGCGGGCUCGGCGCCGGAGGUACCCUGCAGGUUCGGGAUCUGGUUCGGGCGCUGGGAGGCUUGGAGGGGCGGGCGGCAGCGGAGCAGGUGUUAUCUGCCGUCCAGGGGGAGGUGGCAUUGAGACAGUUUAUGGAUAAGGUUGAAAAGGAGUGGGGCGAGCAGGAGUGGGCUUUUAAGGGGUUUAGAGACAAGUGGAAAAUCGUGGGGAAUUUGGGGGUGGUUGGGGAAAUGGUGCUAGAGCAUUUGAGUAUGCUUGGAGCAAUGAAGCAGUCUCCCUUCUUCCCUCCGUUUAGAGAGGCUGUGAGGGAGUGGGAGGGGCGGCUGGGGCGGCUGAGUGAGCUGGUGGAUGCACUAGCAGACGCGCAGUCCAAGUGGGUCCGUUUGGAAGCACUCAUGACGUCACCCGCCGUCCGAUCGAUGCUACCCGACACGCACCGCGCCUUCCACGAAGCUUCCCUCCCGUUCACGGAGUUCCUGGGAUCGCUCGCCGCCCGCCCUCUCGCGAUCGACCUGGAGGGACUUGCGGAAGAGGACGACGGAGCCGGGCGGCAGGUUUUGGCGGUUUGUGAGGAGGUGUUUGGGCGGGUGCUUUUGGAGGUUCAGGCACAUCUGGACAAGCAGAGGCGGAUGCUGCCAAGGCUGUACUUCCUGGGGGAUGACGAUCUGCUGCAGCUCAUCUCUGCUUCGCCCUCUGAUUUAUCUGCGGGGCCUGACCUUUCCCCCUUCCCCCUGGUCACCCCUUUCAGGUGCAUGUGCACAUUCGCAAGCUCUUCACAGCAGUCUCACUGCCCCCCUCCCAUCCUCAUUCUACUCCCUCUUUUCCCCUCUCUCCCCUCCCCCCGUCAGGUGCACGUGCACAUUCGCAAGCUUUUCACCGCAGUCUCGGGCAUUGAAGUAUCGGCAGUCUCUGAUACCAUUUUGCCAGAAAAGAGUACAGCAGAGGAUGUAGUGAAGUUUGCACCUUCAGGGGACGCAGGGAAGAGAGUAUUUAUCAUGGCAGCUCUUUCCGACGGGGAGCGGCUCGUGCUGCACCAACCAGUGGAGCUUGCGGAAGGUGCUGCCACGUCAGCGAGUGCCACGUCAGCGAGUGCCACGUCAGCGGAUGCCACGUCAGCGGGUGCCACGUCAGCGGAAGGACAGAAGCCAGCAGGAGCCACCAAGUGGCUGCUGGAUCUCGACAUGGCGCUGCGGACGACUCUGAGCGACCUGGUUGUGUCAGCGGUCGCUGAGCUGGCGGCGUGUGAUUGGCUGUCGACUGCUGCGGCUGGGAAGAGGGAGAAGAGCAAAUGCAGCGGGAAGGAGGGAAGUGGUGGCGGAGUGAGGAGGAGUGGAGUGAGGAUGGGCGGUAGCAGCAGGAGGAAUGGAGGAAGGUUCCUCGAGUGGCUGGGGAAGCUGCCUUUGCAGCCGGCGCUGCUAGCUCUUCAAGUGAGGUGGACGGUUCUGGUUGAAGGGAUUUUGGCAGGCGGGGAAGGGGAGGUAGAUGAGCAAGGGGUGCAAGUGAGGGGUGGAAAGGAAGCAGGGCUGGAGUCGCUGGUGGUGGGGCUGGAGGGGCUUCUGCAGUGGCUGGCACGUGCCGUGAGGGAGCGGAGAGAGCUGGCUAGGAGCGCAGCGGGGGCAAGAGGAGGAGGAGCAGGCAGAGCAGCAGGGGGAGCAGGGGGAGUAGGAGAGGGGGCAGGUGGCGAGGAGGGGAGGUUGAUGGAGGCCAAGUGUGAGGCUGUGAUCACAGUGCUGGUUCACCUGCUGGAGAGCAGUAAGGCGCUGCUGGUGGAGCAGAGGGAGGAGCAGGCACGGGCAGAGAAGGAGGAGGAGGAGGAUAAGGAGAAUAUGGGGUGUGCAGGGCUUCAGCAGAAGCAGAAGCAGAAGCGGAAGGAGAAGAAGCAACACGGGCUCUCCCUCUCCUCCUUUGCCUGGCGAAAAUGCCUCCGAUACUACCUCGACCCGUCCCUCCCUCCCCUCCACCGCCUCUCUGUUCAAAUCGCAGACGCCUCUUUCACCUACGGGUUUGAAUACUCUGGCUGCACUCCCUCCCUCGUCCGCACCUCGCUCACUGACCGCUGCUUCCUCGCACUUUCCCAAGCGCUCUGGCACGGGCAGGGCAGCGCUCUGAUUGGUCCAGCUGGCACGGGGAAGACGGAGACGGUCAAGGCGCUCGGGCGGCAGCUCGGGCGGCCGGUUUUGGCGUUAUCCUGUGAUAGGAGUUUUGAUAGCGCGGCGGUGGGGCGGGUUUUGGAGGGAGUGGCGAGGCUGGGCGCGUGGGGGUGCAUGGACGAGUUCAACCGGUUGGACGAGAGUACAAUGUCUGCGAUUUCGCAACAUCUGGUGGCGAUUCAGGGCGCGCUGAGGGAGGGACGGAGAGAGGCCGUGCUGGCUGGGACUGCCGUGCCCGUGCACCCUGCCACUGGCAUAUUCGUGACGCUCAACCCGCGCUAUGCAGGCAGGGACCAUCUGCCUGAGAGCCUGUCCGCCCUCCUGCGUCCUCUGACAGUCGCCGUCCCUGAUGCAUGCGCCAUCGCCCAUGUGACUCUGCUGUCGUGUGGGUUCUCGCAUGCUGAGAGGCUGGCUGACGCUGCCACCCGCAUAUUCCAGGAGUCAGAACAGUGCUUAGACCCCCAGCCUCAGUACGAUUUCAGCCUGAGGGCGCUGAAAGCAGCUCUGAAAUCUGCUAGGUCCGUUAUGCUGGUGCAGACGGAAUUGGAGGGGGGUGCGAGUGAGAAUGAGGGUAAGGAGAGGAAAGCGGAAGUGGAAGAAGGUGCGAUUGAGGUUGAGAGCAAGGGGAUGAGCGAGGUAGUGGAAGGGGGUGCGAUUGAGGGUGAAAAGGAAGGGAGGGAAAGUGGUAUGGAGGAGGUGUGUGAGGGAGAGAUGGAGGUGAAGGGUGAGGAGGGUAGGGAGGAGGGAUGUGUGGAAGAGGAGGAGGGGGGGAGUGUGAGAUCAGAGGAGAAAGAGGAGUUUUACGAGGCAGAGGAUGGGGAGCAAGGGGGGGAUGAAGAGGGGAAGGAGGAGGGGAGGCAGGAAGAGGAGGAGGAGGAGGAGGAGGAGGAGAAGGAGGAGGAGAAGGAGGAAGGGGAGGAGCCGGAGCUGGCAGCCAAGCUGGCACCUGCUGACGUGGCAACCUUCCGGGAGGUGGUUUCCCGGAACCUUCCGGACGUGGCUGUGGAGGAGACGGGCGACGCUGAGCUGGCAGCGGCGGUGGAGGUGGUGUGUGAGAGGGAGGGGUACGUGGCGAGCUGUGAUUGGACGAGGAAGGUGCUGCAGAUGGCGAGGUUGAUGGGGCUGCAUCAGGGGAUCAUGCUGGUGGGGCCGCCUGCUGGGAAGACCACGGCCUGGAGAGUGCUGCGUGAGGCCUUACAGACAUCGCAAGGCGUGCAGGUGUCCGUGACAGUGGUGGAUCCUAAGAGUCUGUCCAAAGAGGCGCUGUUUGGGAGUGUGGAAGCCACCACGCGGGAGUGGCAGGACGGCGUGUUCACCCGGGCUUUAAGGGCCGUCGUGCGAGAGAGGGAAGAUAAGGGGAGGCGGCGGCACUGGUUUGUGUUUGAUGGGGAGGUGGACCCCAUUUGGAUUGAGACGCUCAACUCGCUGCUGGAUGACAAUAAGGUUAUGACUCUACCCACAGGAGAGCGCCUGCCUCUCCUACCUCACAUGCACUGCAUAUUCGAGUGCCCCUCCAUCUCACCCACAACACUCUGCACUCCGCCCCCCUCUCCCACGCUCCCCACCCCGUCUGCCCUCCCCUGCCACCCAUCAGGUCAUGACUCUACCAACAGGAGAGCGCCUGCCUCUCCUCCCCCACAUGCACUGCAUGUUCGAAUGCCCCUCUCUCGCCCACGCCACUCCCGCCACCAUCUCUCGUCUCGGAGUGGUCUGCUUCCCCCACUCCCUCCUCUCCCUCCCAAUGCUCCUUCACCGCUUCCGCUUCCUCCUCCCCCCCAUGCCCUUCCCCCCACCCUCCUCCUCCCCGUCCUCUUCCUCUCUUUCCCCUCUCCCUCCCUCUCUCUCAACCACAACAGCACCUGCACCAGCUACCCCCGCAACCACCACCACCACUACUCUCUCUUCUUCCCACUCCUCCCACUCCUCCCUCACCUCCUCGCUCUUCUCCGCGCCUCUCUUCCUCCCCUCGCGCCUCUCCCUCGGGAUUGA